AUGUUCAAAAAUGCAUUUUUACAUGGUUCAAUAUCUGAUGAAGUUUACAUGAAACAACCUAUAGGUUUUGUUGAUCCUCAAUAUCCCACAUAUGUCUGUAAAUUGCGGCGCUCUCUGUAUGGUCUUAAACAGGCCCCUAGGGCAUGGUUCCAAUGUUUUUCUAAUCAUCUGGAACACCUGGGUUUCGUGGCCUCCCAAGCAGAUUCAUCUCUCUUUGUGUAUUGUCAUGGUUUAAUUCGUAUUUACUUAUUAAUCUAUGUAGAUGACAUCCUUAUCACAGGCAACAACAUUCAGUGUAUAAACACCUUGAUCAAGGACAUGGGCUCGGUUUUUUCAAUGAAAGAUCUUGGUCCUCUCCAUUAUUUUUUGGGUAUGGAGGUUCAUCGCUCUAGUAAUGGCAUUCAUCUCUCACAGUCUAAAUAUAUUUCUGAUUUGCUUCAACGUACAAACAUGGUGGACUGUAAACCUGUCUCCACUCCUGCAGUCAGUGGCAAACGUCUCAGCUUAUAUGACGGCGAACCAUUACAAGAUAUUACUAAGUUCCGGAGUGUAGUGGGUGCACUCCAAUAUCUCACUUUCACCCGUCCUGAUAUUGCCUUCUCUGUCAACCAGGUUUGCCAGUUCAUGCAUCAACCAACCACAACACACUGGAUUGCUGUUAAAAGAAUACUUCGCUAUUUGAAGUCCACACCAGAUCAUGGCCUUGUGUAUAAACCUGGACCUCUCACCCUCACUGCCUUUGCCGACUCUGAUUAUGCAGGAGAUCCGGAUGAUCGCAAAUCCACUGGCGGGUACUGUAUAUUUCUUGGUCCAAACCUUGUGUCCUGGAGUUCUAAGAAACAAAAAGGAGUGUCUCGCUCUAGCACAGAAUCAGAAUACAGACAACUUGCCAUAACUGCAGCUACUAUUUCUUGGUUUCGUAAGCUCUUCAAAGACCUGCAUCUUCAUCUAUCUCCUCCAAAGGUGUGGUGUGAUAAUAUUUCUGCAAUCUCCCUUGCCUCAAACCCUGUCUUUCAUGCCCGCACUCGCCAUGUCGAAGUCGAUUAUCAUUACAUUCGGGAAAAGGUCGCACGCCAGGAAUUACAAGUUGGUUAUGUUGCUACGCAAGAUCAACUUGCUGAUUUCCUGACCAAAGGACUGUCCACUUAUCGUUUCAAUUAUCUUCUUUCCAAGCUUCCCGUUCGCCGGCAACCGCUCAACUUGCGGGGGUGUGAUAAACCAAGUGUUGUGAAUGACUCUGCAUGA